UAUUUACGUAUAUAAUAAUCUAUAUUAUUUUUUUUUAAAAAAAAAAUAAUUUUUUUCUAAUGAUUCUACAAAAAAUUUUAACUCUAUCAAUAUUUGGAACUUUAUGUUUUAUUUUUUUAUGGACAUUUUGGCCGGAAGAUUCUAAACACUUACGUUUAGAUGUCUCCUUUCCGGCAUCUGUUAUUCAACAACCUGAGAUAGUUGAGCCGCCAAAACCACAAAUAACAUCAACAGAUAAUAAUAAGAAGAUAAAAAAUGAACCUAUUGAAAAAACUUUACCUUCAAACAAAUUAUCAACAGUUUAUGAUGUAAAUGGUAAUCCUAAAGAGUAUACAAAUAGUAGAUAUUACGCAAAUUAUCUUUCUAUUCUUCGACAACAACAUCAUCAAAUGUUAUCAACACUUCUCAAUAAAGCGGAUAAUGCGUUAAGAAAUAAUUCGGUUUAUUCAGUAACUUUAAAACCUCAACUUGCGCCUUCAAAUGAUCCACAUGAUUUCAUGUCGUUAGCAAGAUAUUUUUGGCCAAAUCCAAAAAAAAAAAAUGGGUUACCUUAUAUAGGACGAGAUGGUUAUGUUAAUCCUGAGAUUGAAACUGUUAAAGAUUAUUCCCUUUUGAGAAAAUUAUUUAAAGAUGUUGAGAAUUUAGGAUUUGCUUAUUAUUUUACAAGAAAUGAUUCAUAUGUUGAGAAAUCUGUUUAUAGAAUCAAAGAAUGGUUUAUAAAUCCAAAGACAAAGAUGAAUCCUAAUCUUAAUUAUGCUAGUUUUAUUAAAGGUCAUAAAUCAGGAAGAAGAACUGGUGUAUUGGAUAUGCAUCCUAUUUAUAGAAUGUUACAAUCUAUACCUUUAAUGCGUUCAUCGCAUAAAUGGGAUUUUUCAGUAGAGAAAGAAUUAAAAGAUUGGAUAUCAAAAUAUUAUCAAUGGUUGGAAACAACUUCUUUAGGAAAAGAUGAAAAGUAUUCAAAAAACAAUCAUGGAACAUAUUAUGAUGUACAAGCGGUUUAUCUAUUAUCUUAUUUAGAUAGAGAAGAGGAGGCACGUAAAUAUUCACGCGAAGCAUUAAUAAAUAGAGUAAACAAAGGAAUUCUUCCUACAGGACAACAACCUCAUGAAACAAAGCGUCCAACUUCAUGGUUUUAUUCAACAUUUAAUUUACAAGCAUUAUUUCUUUUAGCCGAAAGAUCACAAUAUUUUGGAUUUGAUGGAUGGAAUUAUGUUGGUCCUAAAGGUCAAACCAUUAAAAAAGCUGUUGAUUAUUUAUUACCUUUCGCCUUAUCAAAUGGGAAAGAUUGGCCUUUUAAAAACAUUAAAGAAUUUGAAGUAAAUAGUUUUGUUAGAUUAUUAGAAUUAGCUUUUGUUAUUUGGCCUGAUGAUAAAUAUCUUGAAGCUUUAGUUAUUUUAAGACCUAAAGCUAAAUUAGAACAAGCAUUAGAAUAUAGAAAUGCUGAUUGGGAAGAUAAUUACCUUUGUGUUUGGUCUUUAAUGACAAAUAGACAAUUAUGGACUUGUGUUGAAUGAUGAUAUCCUUUAGGGAGGGACAAUAGGAAUGAUAAAGAAGAAUUAUUUAAAUAUAUAUAAAUGUACUGUAAAAAAGAAUUAUUUAUUUAGAUAAUUUCGGAACUUUUUUUAAUUUUUAAUACUUUAAUAUAAUGUCAAAUUGUUCUUAAUGAUUUAUUAAAUUCGUUAAAAUUUUUACUCGUUUUUAA